AUGGCCGGUGCAACCGUGUCCCUUGAUGCUCAUUCGGCACUGGCGAUCCUUCCGCCGGAUGAGCUGCUGACAGAGGUGCAGGCAGUGCGCCAGCAGAACGACAAGGCCUACGUCCGAUGGCCGCAGGCGCAUCUACGGGUUCUCUGGCCCUUCCUGCCCGUGAGGACGGCCCUCCCGCGGCUGGAGCAACUCAACGAGAAGCUGCUAGCCUUCCCCGUCGAGCUCUCCGAGGUACGUCUUCUGAACGGCUUGGCGCGCGCGCCAGCGGAUAGGGCGUAUGUUGGUGUCACGCCGUCCGAUGCCACGCGCCGUUGGUUGCUGGAUCUCGUGGAGAGGCUCCUGGAAGACUUCCCGGAGUGCCGUGGCGCGGAGAGCGAAGACCCGGACUUCCACGUGACACUGGGGCAGUUUCCGCUGCACGAGGCAGAGCAUGUCGUGGCGACCCACUGCGUGCCCCUGCCCCUCACCUGGCACUGCGGAGCUUUGGCCUUCUGCGCACGGGCUAACUCCGAAGAGCCUUUCCGGCUGGUCCAAAGCAUUCCGCUGAGGCCUUUCUACCCGCCAGCGCGAAAAACCAUCAUGCCGCAUCUUCCCUCGCAUGCUUGGUGUACAGUUAUUGAGGCAGUGCCAGUGGGAGAUGCGGCGCGGUUGACCAGACUGCUCCAGCGGCAGGGCAUCGCUUGGAAAGAAGAAUGGUGGCACAAAUUGAUUGAAGAGUAUUUCAACGUGGAGAGCCUGCAGUUGCAACAGCUACCCGAACUUUCUUUCUGCUCGCUGGCAGCUGCAGCGACGGUUGCUGCAAGCCUGCGCUGGGCGGCCGUCUCCAGGAGCAAGGCGGCCCCCAUCUUCGAGUGCAGGGUCGUGCGGGAGUUUCAAGCGAACUCUUCAGUUCGCCAGGAGGACCUGGCAAUGCCGUUCCAGACGGCAAGCUGUGUGCGGCACAGCGACUCACGCUUGCUGGCGGUGGGGGAAAGCAGCAGCAAAGACAGUGGCCUCGCAAUCUGGAAUCUGGCCAGCUUGAACGAGAAGCCUCGAUUUUGCAAGCUUCGGGGCCACAUCCAAAGCAUUGACGUCUGGCAAGACACCCUCCUUGUGCUUGGGAAAGGAGGCUCGCUUGCAUUGCACGACCUCUCGGAUCCUCGCGCCACGCCGACCUCCCUCUUCGGCCGUAAGGCUGACGGGGCCGCGCGGGACGCCCACUGGAUGGCUGGAGGGCGCCUGGUGGCGGCCUUCGCCCAGAAGGUCCGUGUGAUCGACCUGGAGGCUGAUGGUGGUCGUCAGAGCUGCGACAUUGCGCUCUCGUGCCCGGUCAUUGCCCCGCUAGAUGCAGACCACGUGGCCCUGAGCGGACCGUCCAGCUGUGUUAUUUGGGAUUUCAGGAAGUCUGCUUCUGCCAUGGAGGUUCCCUGGCCGUCCUCCUUCUCCUGCACGGCCCUGGCAGCCAGCGGAGCCAGUGGCCUCCUGAUCGGUGGCCGCGGUGCCCAGAGCAGCCCGGUGCACACUUUGGACCUGCGGAUGCCGACGGCCCGUGAGGCCAUCCUUCCGAUUCCUGGACACGAGCUGCGGGCAGACAAGGUGCUGGCCGGGAGCUCCUGCUUUUUCGCACAGUUUGAUGAUGGCAGCCUCGCCCAUUGGCAUGCCCAGAGCCAUUCUGCUCUGGGCUGGUGGCCCAACUCCCAAUGCGUGUCCCAACCCACCGCUGAGCACCAAACCUGGCACGGCCUGGCCGCCGCCGGCGCCGGGCGGCUGCGAGUGGCGACACCAUGCAUGAAAGCGACGCUUCAGAGGGGCCAUGCGAAGAAGGAAGUCAAGGCUACAUUGCCAGUGCCCACAGCAUCUCAUCAGCCGGGCCAGGGCUCAAAGCUCAGGCUUCGCACCAGCGAAGAUGUUUAUCACCGGCUCAUUCACGACGAACGCUUUCGUGCUGCGAAGGUGAUCAUGGGCUACGAAGAUCGCUUCCUCGGCCCGCUGGAAGUGCAGCUGCUGGACUUUCGGCCAGGCGGCGACAUACCUUACCACCGAGUCUACUACUUCAGGGAGGAGGAGCAUGUGCUUUGGGAUCGGCGAGCCCGGUUGGACCGUGUCUUCGGCACUGGCGAGGCCGUGUCCCAAGCAGCCGCAGCCGAGACAAAGGAAGCGAUCUGCCGGGCCAAACAGACGAUGAUGAAGAUUGACAAGGGCAUCAUCAAGGUGCGUUGGAGCCAGACUCAGGAUCGAAAGGCCAAAGCAGGAGAAGAAGAGAUACAGGUCAUGAAGUAUUCCGCGGAGGCGGAAACCUGGCUGCCAUUACCUGGCGCUGCCACUGCCGUAGCGUUGACAGAGCUCCGAGUCCUAACUUUCAACGUCCUCUUCGAGCUGUUUGGGGAUGUUGAGACGCACAUGGAGGCAAGAUUGGUGCAGAUAUUCCGGGAGCUAUCGCGUUGUGGAGCUGACAUCAUGGCUUUGCAGGAGGUCACCCCGCAGUUCGCAGAGGCGCUUCUUUCGCAGCCCUGGGUGCGGGAGCAGUGCUGGUCCAGUGCAGGCGCAAAUUCCAUAGCAAGCGUCGAGCCGUCCGGCCAGCUCAUCUUGUCCAGGGUCCCCAUGGAGUCAGCCUUUCUGGCGCGAAUCAGCCCUCACAAGACUGUGAUCCUGGCCUCCUUCCCUGUCUUGCUGGGCGAGAGCCGGGCGGUCACGGUGGCCAACCUCCAUCUCCCGGCGGAUUCGCAUCAGAAUCAGAGGCAGCCGUCCCGCCGCAGAGAACGCCAGGAGCAGCUGCGGAUUUGCGAGAACCUGCUCUUGGAAAGGUCAGGACCCACUGACUUGACGUUGCUUCUGGGGGACUUCAAUUCGGCCCCUGAGGUGGAGCCGGCCCAGUUCAGGACAACUUUCGCCGAUGUUUGGUUGGAAGCCAAUCCCGACAUGCCGGGACACACCUUCGAUCCUACACAGAAUGCCGUUGCGCGGCGCGUGGUCAUGGCUGUGGGUGGUUCACCGGAGCCCCGGCGACUGGACCGGAUUUAUGUCCACUCCGACAGCGGGCCGUGGCAGUGUCAUGCUGAGCUGACUUUAACCCGGAGCUUCCCGGUCGAGGUGGGCGGCAGACAGCGAGGAGCACUCGAGCGAUGGUUUGCUUCGGAUCACUUUGCCGUCUUGUGCUCCUUACGGCCAAGUGCGACGAAGAAGACCGUCCCCGAAGAUCCGGGCUGUAUUCUCGUCCGGGCGCCCAUGUCUCAGAUCCCCUGUGAGCUCUUGGGCGCUCUGACUCUGCACGACCGGCCGCGAUUGGAGGUCGUCCUCCUUGGCUCUUCAGCGCUGGGCAUUGCGGACAAGGCAUGUUCUGCGGAGCUCACCAGUUCCCAGUACUUCGCCAUGGCCCGGCAGGAGCUAGAAGGCUUGGAGGUUCAGGACCUGGAGUUGGCAGAAGAUGCGGUGGUGCCACUGCUGAAGUUCCGAGCCGAAGGCAAGGAGUUCGAGGUGCAGUUCUCAGAGCUGCGGGACGAGCACCUGCCGCUGCUUCGCAGCAGCCACGCCGGGGGCUGCGAACAUGGCUACGAGACUUUGCAGUCGCUGCUUUUCCAGCAUGGCUCUGUGCCACAGGUGGGACUUUCCGCGGCGCUGGACGCCUGGAUCCUCCUCCGGGCGGCCUUUGCUGCCGGGCGGGAGGAGGCCGUGGAGGCUUUCCGGACCUUGGCCAAGGAGGUAAAGCUCUGGGCGAGGCAGCGGCAACUGCUGGGCACGGCCUUUGGAUUCCCUGGCGGCUUCGCUUGGGCUCUGCUGGUGGUGAUGGAGGUGGUGCGGUGGUUUUCCGAGCCGGAAGACGGGAGGCAGUCCGACUUGGCGACGCGCUUUUACCAGCGGCUGAGCCUUUGGGAGUGGCCGGCGGAGGGAGCACACCUGCAGCAAAAGGUGCUAUCGCCGGCCGCCCAAGCACAGGAGCUGCCGGUGCUUUGGUGCCCUGCGGGCCCCAAGGAUCGGAACGCCCUUCGCAGCCUGACUCGUGGCACAGCUGGAAUCCUUCAGGCUCAGCUCCGGCGAGCAGCCCUGGAGGGAGCUGAGACAGCCGGGAGUGCAGUAGAUCUGCCGGAGUUCUUGAUUCUCAGCCUAGUGGAGGCCACCGAGGAUGCGCGCUCACGACUCCAGAGGAAGGCCUUGUCAGUCCUCUUGGAGGCGGAGCGCUGUGCCGGACAAGCGACAGUUUGGCCUUUGACAGAGAUUCACACCACCGUACGUGAUGCUCCUUGCAUCGUGUUGGGCUGUUCCGGAUGGGCGCCUACCUACGGCGAGCAGCUGGCCCUUGUGUCGAGCUUGCGGAUCUCGCAGGGCAUCGAGUUGGAGGCGAAGCUGGUCUCUGCAAGCAGCCUUCGUGAGGAAGUCCGCUCGAAGCUGCCUGACCGAACACAGCCUGCCAGAGGGACAGGUGGAGCCUGA